AUGGAGUACACGGGCAGCUCCUACCGCGGGCAGCGCGUCAACGGCAGGUUGGAAGGCCUGGGCACGUACACCCUCCCGACGGAGACCAGAUACGUGGGCCAGAUGAAGGACGGGAUGUUCCACGGCAGGGGGACCCUGCACUUCCCCAGCGGGAGCCAGUACGAGGGGACCUGGGACCACGGCAGGUCCGUGGAGGGGAAAUACACUUUUGCAGAUGGUUUGGAGUACCAAGAUGAUAAAUGGCAUUACUGUGAUGGGCAUGACAGAAGAUUUUAUACAGAGAUCUGCAAGGGGCUGAAGCCGGCAGGCAUUUCUCAGCUCACAAACCUAGAUCCUCCGCGGAGCAUCCCAGCGGGCUGCUACGACUGCGGCGACGGCUUCUAUAACCCCAAGACCAGAGUGGUCACCGAUUACCAACACCGGUUUUUGAGGAACGCAGAUGAGGAUGAGCACGACUGGAUUGUCCGGACCUGCCGGAAAGGAUGGGACGAAAUUAUUGGUUUCAAACCCAAGGAAUGGGCCUCGUCGAGGAAAACCGAGAGCCCGGCUCCCCGUUGA